AUAGAAAAGUUCACUAUGAGCACGCUUGUGAUGCUAUUAGUGUUUGCUAUAAAUGCUGAAAGGACAUUAGGAAUGUCAGACCCAGAUUAUUGCAAGAAUUUGGACCAUCAAAGUGCUGAGAUUGUAACUCCACUUUCAAAGGAGAAAAGAACUGUACCCUGCUUAGGUGGUUGGCUCAUUUUCCAGAGGCGAGUAUUUGGAAACGUCAGUUUUCAGCGCAAUUGGGAGGAAUACAAGACGGGAUUUGGUGAAAUCAAUGGCGACUUUUGGCUGGGACUGGAGAGUCUAUUCGAAAUAACCCACACUUGGCCAAUGCUACUGAGAAUCAAAAUGGAGUCGUGGUCUGGUAAAACAGGAGAAGCCACAUUCUCAAAGUUCGAAAUCAUGACUGAGAAGGACAAGUAUAAAUUAAUAAAGGCGGACAACGUUACAUUGAGGCACCUAACUAUGAGCGCUUUUGGAGGUCAUUUUGGAUUAGAUUUUAGUACGAAUAGUCCAUGCGCACAGAAAUAUACUGGAGGCUGGUGGUGGGGUAAUUGUUAUCAUACUAACUUAAAUAGUCGGUUUCCGAUGGACGAUGAACGGUCUCGAAACUGCAAGAAGUGCAUGAACUGGAAUUACUUUGAUGGCGAGCAUCCCUUGAAAUAUUCAGAAAUGGCGAUUCAUCGCAAAUGAGACGAACUAGGAACUCACAAUUGUGUUUCAUUUGGUUUCCAACAUUUCCAAAAGUGCUAAUUGUGCUAAUUGUUUCUCCAAAACUCAACAAUUAACGUGGAAUUAUAAAUUGUACCUGUACCUGUAUUCAAGGACAAUUAAAAAUAUUUGCCAUUUGUUUUUUUAA